UAUGUACUCUGCAGUAUGAAAGCUGGAAUAACAUUUCUACAAUGUAACUUGGAAGGCUUCAACUGUGAAGAAAUGUCAUUCCGAUUUGGCCAACACCUCAUCAAGCCCUCUGUGGUUUUUCUCAAAACAGAACUGUCCUUUGCUCUUGUGAACAGGAAACCUGUGGUACCAGGACAUGUCCUCGUGUGUCCCCUUCGGCCGGUGGAGCGUUUCCGAGACCUGCAUCCCGAUGAGGUGGCGGAUUUGUUUCAGGCGACCCAGAGGGUCGGGAUGGUGGUAGAGAAGCAUUUCCAGGGGACUUCUCUCACAUUUUCCAUUCAGGAUGGGCCUGAAGCUGGACAGACUGUGAAGCAUGUUCAUGUCCACGUUCUUCCGAGGAAGGCUGGAGACUUUCAAAGGAAUGACAGCAUCUAUGAUGAGCUCCAGAAACAUGACAAGGAAGAGGAGGACGCCCCAACCUUGUGGAGGUCCGAGGAGGAAAUGGCAGCAGAAGCCGCAAGCCUGCGGGCCUACUUUCAGUGACUGUGCAGGCACGAAAGUGACUUGAACAAAUCCCAAGGCAUAAGGAAAUGGGCCUCAUUCUCUAGGACUCUGUGGCAUUGGAAAUGAAGCUAAGCAGACUUUAUUACAUCCUACAAUUCUGCAACCUUUUGCGAAGCAUUUUAUUACACUUGUGGAAGCCAUUGGGGUUACGUUUCAAUCACGAUGACUGACAGGCUAACUUCAAAAUAACAGCAUCGACAGCCCUUCCACACUUCCUGGGCUAUGUACUUAGAAUAGAACCUUUUCUAAAUUGUCCCUUGGCCUGGAUGGAAAUAAAACGGUGGUUAAAA